AUGUUUUUCAUUCAUCUUUUUUUCAUUCUCUUAUCUUUUUUCUUUCUUUUCUUAUUUUCUUUCUCGCUUCUUUUUUUUUUUUAUCAUUUUCUAUAUUGUUUUAGCUCUUUCUAUUUUUCCACCUUUUUCUUCAGUAGACAUGGCUCUACUUUCUCUGUCUCUCUUUCUUUCUUUCUCUCUUUCUUUCUUUUGUUUAUUUGUUCUUGUUUUCUUUCUUUUUUAUGCUGUCACUUUCUUUUUUACCAUUUUCUUUGUUCAGCAUUUUCUCUUCUAUUUCUAUUUUUCUCUUUCGUUUUAGUUUUAUUCUAUUUUCUUCCAAUUUUUCCUUUUUUCUUUUUUAUCUUUUCUUCCGUUUGUCUUUCGCUGUUUUUUUCAUUCUUCUCGUUUUCUUCGGAUAUUCUGUUUGUAAGUUUGUUUCAUAUGAAGGAUUUCUUUUUUUCCAAUCGUAUCUCUCUCUCUCUCUCUCCUUCUCUCUCUCUCUCUCUCUCUCUCUCUUUCUCAAGUUUUCUUUUUUCGUAUUUUCUUUUCUUUUUCUUUUAUACUCUUCCUUUCUUUCCUUCUUUUCAUUUUUUUCUUCUGUCCUUUCUCGCUUUCAUUAAUCUCUAUUUCUUUCUAUCUAUCGUUCUCUCUUUCUCGCAGCGUGAUGAUGACGGUAAGAUUAAAAGAAAGGCCACAUGCAACUCCUACCUCUAUCUCUUUCUCCCUCUGUCCCCCCUCUCCUCUCUCUCUCUCUCUCUCUCUCUAUCUAUCUAUCUAUCUAUCGUCCCGCCAUAG